AUGGAUUCCAGCCAACCCCACCCCUCAAAACCCUCUGCCUCCAAACUCCCCAUCAAGCGUAAAUCCCCUCACCACCCCCAGUUCUUCACCCCAAAACUUGAAUACCAACCCAUCAUUCUUCCUCCCCCCAAACCCAAACCCCAACCCCAAACCCCUCCUUUCAAAUUCCAACGGAUCUGGUCAGAGCCCGACGAGAUCCGUUUCCUCCAAGCCCUUCUCCGAUCCCAUCAUCUCUCUUUCCCCAAAGACCUCCCUCUUUUCUACUCCUCCUUUUCCCACUCCAUGUCUCAACCUUAUACCAAGUCCCAACUCUCCGAAAAGCUUAGGAGACUUAGGAAAAAGUUCAGGGUCGUUUCCUCUAGGCUGGCUCGAGGCUUGAACCCUUCUUCUCUCUCUCUUCAUGAUCGAGCUCUGUUUGAUCUUUCUAAAAGGCUUUGGAGCCCCGAGUUUGCUUCCUCUUCCCCUUUUGGUAAGAACAGUUCCGGGUUUAAUGGCGUUGCUGGGAAUGGUUUUGAUGAUUGUGACACAAUUGAUGAUGAUGGGGAAGUGAAGAUUAACGGGGUUAGUUUGCAUUAUGAUUUUGCCGCGGGAAGGGAUGAGGUUAUUAGUGGCGAGACAAUUGAUGGGGUGUUGGCGAAAAGCGUGUUGAAUGCGUUCGAUGAGUGUAUCAAGGAGGUUCGGGUGAUGUUCAUGAAGCAGGGUGUGGUGUGCAUGGAUACAACGGAGAGGAAGUGGAAGGAGCAAAGGGUUUCUGAGUUUGACGUGUUGGGUAGGCGGCUGAGGCUGGUUAUCGAGAAUUCUUUGACUAGGCGAUGA